AUGCAUCUUGAAACGUGGCUGUGCUUGGGAAGACUUUUCUUUGUCCAAGGAUCAUCUUUAGAUCUUGACUUUAAUGCAACACUAUCAUUGCCCACAUCCACAAGUGGUCUACUUUAUCCUCAGGAUUCUGAGACACGAGAGGUGCGAUCGUUGGAUGGAAUCUGGCAAAUGUUGAAGAGUUCUUCUAAUCGGCCCAUGGAAGGCUAUCAGGAGAAAUGGUUCGAGAAAGGCCUAAGCCAACUGGGUCGCCGUGUAAUACCCAUGGCAGUGCCUGCAUCUUUUAAUGACAUCACCGUGAGCCGGUCGCUGCGUGACCAUGUAGGCCCCGUUUGGUACGAAAGAAGCUUCUUUGUGCCAGCCUCCUGGAAUCGAAUGUUUCGCACCUGGCUUCGAUUUGGUAGUAUCAAUUACCAAGCCGAAGUAUGGAUCAAUGGGCAACCAGUCAUGGCUCAUAGCUUUGGGGGAUUACCCUUUGAGGCGGAGGUGGGAAGUCUAGUAAACUUCGGUGCCGAAAACCGAUUGACUGUGAUGUGCGACAAUAGGCUGUAUAACUUUACGAUUCCCCAAGGAGAAGACAGUGAUUACAGUUUUGACUUUUUCAACUAUGCUGGGAUCCACAGGAGCGUCCUAUUGUACACCACACCCCUCGUUUUUAUUAGUGACGUCUCCAUUUCCACCGAAUAUACACCGAUGAAAGUGGGUAAAGUUAAUUACCGUUUGUGGAUGAAUGGUAAAUCCAUAAGGACACGGCCGAGAAAGUACUAUUUUAAGGUCCAACUUGAGGACCGUGAAGGUGAAGUGGUAGCACAAAAUACAAGCAGACAUCACUUCGAGGGCAUAUUACAUGUCCCCAAAGUACGGCCUUGGUGGCCCUACCUUAUGAAUUCUCAACCAGGCUAUCUUUAUAAACUUAAAAUAUCUCUCUUCGAGGGCGAUUCAGCGACCGAACAGUCCCCAAAUGAUGACCUUCUGGAUGUGUACCGGAUAUCAGUGGGAGUACGCAGCCUGGUAUGGGACAACAAUAGCCUUCUCCUUAAUGGGAAACCAUUAUAUCUACGAGGAUUUGGUCGCCACGAGGAUUCGGAGAUUCGCGGCAGGGGUCACGAUAAUCCGUUGAUGCUUCGUGACUUUAAUCUGCUACGGUGGAUUGGAGCGAAUGCCUAUCGCACCUCGCACUAUCCGUACUCCGAAGAGUCCAUGCAGUUUGCCGAUGAGCAGGGCAUUAUGAUAAUAGACGAGUGUUCGGCAGUGGACCUAGGCAGAUUUCAUCCCCGCCUGCUAUACAACCACAUGUCAGUGAUGGAACAACUGAUACACAGGGACAGAAACCAUCCAAGUGUCAUCGCCUGGUCACUGGCGAAUGAACCCAGCUGUUCUUCAAAUAACAUGUCCGAACAAUACUUCAAAUCUUUGGUGAAUUACACCCGGGCAAUGGCCCAUGGUCGACCCUUAACAGUUGCCUUAGCAACGCCAAUCGAUGAGAUUGAUAAAUGCAUACUCGUAGAAUUGCUCGAUAUUUUGGGCUUUAAUCGCUAUUAUGGUUGGUACUCACAUUCAGCCCGUCUGGACAGGAUAAAAGAUUCCGUUGUUGGAGAGGCUCAAAUAUGGCGUAAUAAGACCAAUAAACUGGUGAUAAUGAUGGAGUACGGAGCAGACUCAAUAGAAAUUUACCGAUCGCUACCAUCGCUGAUGGGCUCACCCGACUUCCAGCGGCAGUUGUACUCCAAGCACUUUCAGGCUUUCGAUAAGUUGCGUAACAAUCCUUGGUUCAUUGGGGAGUUUGUUUGGAAUUUUGCCGACUUCCAAACGGCUCAGUCUUUUUCGAGAAUUGGUGGGAAUCGUAAGGGCAUCUUUACCAGGAACAGGCAGCCAAAAGAAAUGGCUUAUUUGCUAAGGCGACGCUACUUUGGCUUGGCUCACAAACUAAACAAAGCCAAGAUGCCAGCGGAUCUCAUUGAAUAUAUAGUGGGAGGAUAAGGGUAGGUUCUGGUUUCUUCAGAUUGC